AUGGAGAAUAUAGAGAGAUCAGGAAAGAAGGGAAAACCGAAAGUGGGAAUUGAAAUCGAUAUUAAGAAGAUGGAUGAACAGUUGCGAAGGCAUAUAGACAAAACAUUAAGGUUGAGAAACAAAAAAUCGCGUGACGAUAAUGACGAGAAAUCCAACAUUAAGGUUUCAUCAGUGGAAGAAAAAUGGGAAAUCGAUCCUAAUAAACUGCUGUUGAAGAGUAAAAUCGGCCAAGGCGCCUUUGGAUCUGUUUAUAGAGGUGUAUACGAUGGAGUUGACGUUGCAGUUAAACUAAUGGACUUGGGAGAUGGGAUCCGAAGAAAUUUUUUUCAUAAAACUUUCUCACAAGAAGUUUCGAUAUGGAACAAGAUGGAUCAUCCUAACAUUGUCAAGUUGAUUGGAGCAAAAGCGAGCAUUGCAGAAGUUAACAUGACAUCAGAUUGCAACAAAAUUGACAAGCUACAAAACAUUUGUUGUAUCGUAGUUGAGUAUCUUAUAGGAGGUACUCUGAAGUCUUACCUCAUAAGAAACAGGAAAAAAAAGCUACCUCUAAAAGUAGUCAUUCGACUGGCACUUGACAUUGCUAAAGG